GUACACGUGCACUGCAAGUUUUAGGCGUGGCUCUCUAGCCCUAUUCUAUAAAAUUGGCACUUUAGCUCUCUGUUCAGCAGCGUUUUGACUGAGUAUGGAAGUUUUGAGUCCUUCAGUAACAAGACAAAAAGGAGUACAUCAUCAUAAUUUGGCAAUGGCUUCUACCUCCUCCUCUAUUCCCAGUGACUCCAGAAUUGGACGCGUUGUCAAACGCACAGUGAGGUCUCUACUGGAGAAAGAUGGAUACAGACAAGAGCAAGCUCUCUCUCUCAUUGACCCUGUUGGUCAGUUUGGGGAAGACGAGCUGUUACUGGUAGAGAGAAUUGUGAAUCUGGUCCUAAGACUAGUGGAUGACCCGAGGCAGUCCAGGAGGAUAACAGUGGCUGACCUGGAGCAAAAUGACUGGCCCCUACAACCAGACAAUGUUCAUUCAGAAUUCAAGACAGUUGCAACACAAAUAUUCUCAGAUGAUAUUAACUGGGGACGCAUCGUUUCUUUCCUCAGCUUCUCAUCCACUUAUAUUUUAUUCUCCAUGAGACGAGGCAUGCCUGAAUCGAUAGUACAGAGUGUGUGUGGGUGGACCACGAGCUUCAUGGAGAGAGAGCUAAGGUCAUGGUUCCAAUCGCAUUCAUGGGAAGAAUUCCUGUCAUAUGGAGAAAGUAUAUUGAAGGCAAGACAAAGAAAUGGUGAAUCAGAAAGACCGAUUUGGCAAAAUUUAGCUACAAUUGGAGCAAUAGGAAUAGGAGCUGCAGUAUUGUUCUCAUUACGGAGUUCAUUCUCUUAAAAAUGGACACAAUAUUAUUCCUAUUGAUAAUGGACAAUGGAUUACUAAAAUUACCGUUUACACUAACAGAACACAAUGAUUCCUUCUCUCUUUCUCCCUCUCUCUUCUGUUCCCAAUCACAGGUAUUACGUGAUGAAAAAGAGAUAGACUAUUGAACAAAAAAUUAUUACCAAAUUAUUAUUAUUAUUCUGAAUUCAAUCCACCACAAAUCUAAAAUCUCUUGUACAUAAUUAUUUAUUAUUUAUUGAAAAAUUUUCUAUUUUAUUUUUAUUAUUAUUUUAAGACAAUCAGUAAUCAAUGAUAUGACUUAAUCCUA